AUGAAUGCUACUUUUAAAAUAUUGCUUAAAAACAUACAUAAAAUGAAAAUGUCACAGUUGACAGCAGAUUUUGAUUUAUACAGGAUUCUAGUAAAAAAUGUGACCAAAGUCACUAUGUUUAUACUGAUGAGCUUCACAGAUCAUUUUGAAGUGCAAGUUUUUCUAUUUUUACUGUUUCUAGCAAUCUAUCUCUUUACUAUGAUAGGAAAUUUGGGAAUGGUUUUAUUGAUCAUUAGGGAUUCUCGACUCCACAACUCUAUGUACUAUUUUCUUAGUGUGAUAUCAUUCUUUGAUGCCUGCUAUUCUUCGGUCGUCACCCCCAAAAUGUUAGUCAAUUUCUUGAAAGAGGACAAAGCCAUUUCUUAUCUUGGAUGUGUAGCACAAACGUUUCUCUUUAUUACUUUUGGGACCACAGAAUGCUUUCUCUUGGUGACAAUGGCAUAUGAUUGCUAUGUAGUUAUCUACAAUCCUCUCCUCUAGUCAGUUAGUAUGUCAUCCAGAGUCUGUGUGCCACUCAUCAUUGCUUCCUAUGUUGGUGGCAUUGUGCAUACCUCUGUACACACAGUGGCCACAUUUAGCCUAUCCUUCUGUGUAUCCAAUGAAAUUAGACAUGUCUUUUGUGACAUCCCUGCUCUCCUUGCUAUUUCCUGUUCCGACACUCACACGAACCAGCUUCUGCUCUUCUGCUUUGUGGGCUCUAUUGAGAUAGUCACUAUCCUGAUCGCCCUGAUCACCUAUGGAUUCAUCCUGUUAUCCAUUCUGAGGAUGCAUUCUGUUGAGGGGAGACAGAAGACCUUUUCUACAUGUGGCUGUCACCUGACUGGAGUAUCAGCUUAUCAUGGAACCAUCCUCUUCAUGUACAUGAGACCAAGUUCCAGCUAUGCUUUGGACCAUGACAUGAUAGUAUCGAUAUUUUACACCAUUGUGAUUCCCAGACUGAAUCCUGUCAUCUACAGUCUGAGGAAAAAAGAUGUAAAAGAGGCCAUGAAAACAGUGCUUAGGAAAAAUUGUCUUAUAGAUAAAGUAUCUUUUUACAGUAAAAAAUAA